UAUAGCAUAGCUUAGUUUGGUCACAAGAGAAAAACAAGUUAAGGAUCAUAUCCUCUCUUGUAACAUCACUUGGUGAUUAAUCAAAAUGAGUCAGGUUUUUAGUGAUGGAGCUGUGGCAAGAGCCAUAGAUACAGAGGAAAUAAAUAGCAAUCCAACUUCACGUAGACAUGGUGCUGAUGUUCUUCCACAUAUUCACAAAGUUGCAAGUCCUCCUAGGCAGACACUUUUCCAAGAUUUCAAACAUAAUUUCAAUGAAACUUUCUUCUCUGAUGACCCUUUUGCCAAGUUUAAGGACCAAAAGGGAUCAAGAAAGUUUGUUCUUGGAUUACAAUCUGUUUUUCCAAUUUUUGAUUGGGCAAGAGGUUAUAACCUUAAAAGUUUUAAGGGUGAUUUGAUUUCUGGACUCACCAUUGCUAGUCUUUGCAUUCCUCAGGAUAUUGCAUAUGCAAAGCUUGCACAUUUGGAGCCUCAAUAUGGACUUUAUACUAGUUUUGUUGCACCUCUUGUGUAUGCUUUCAUGGGAAGUUCAAGGGAUAUUGCCAUAGGACCAGUAGCUGUUGUGUCCCUCUUGCUUGGCACCUUGCUUUCAGAUGAGAUCAAAGACACCAAAAGUCCUGAAUACCUUCGUCUCGCAUUUACUGCAACUUUCUUUGCAGGAGUUACUCAAAUGGCACUUGGACUUUUAAGGCUUGGUUUCUUGAUUGAUUUCCUAUCUCAUGCUGCAAUUGUUGGAUUCAUGGGUGGAGCUGCCAUUACUAUUGCACUCCAACAACUUAAAGGUCUUCUUGGCAUAAAGAACUUCACUACCAAAACUGAUAUUAUUUCUGUCAUGAGAUCCGUUUUUAGUGUCGCACACCAUGGGUGGAAUUGGGAGACAAUAUUAAUUGGACUAUCAUUCUUGGCUUUCCUUCUUACAACCAAAUAUAUCGCUAAGAAGAAAAAGAACCUGUUUUGGGUGGCUGCAAUAUCUCCUAUGAUAUGUGUUAUAGUGUCUACUUUUUGUGUCUACAUUACAAGGGCAGACAAGAAAGGAGUAGCAAUUGUGAGACAUAUUAAAAAGGGUGUGAAUCCAGCAUCUGCUAGUGAAAUAUAUUUCAGUGGAAAUUAUUUUACUGCUGGUAUUAGGAUUGGUUUGAUUUCUGGUAUGGUAGCACUCACGGAAGCUGUGGCCAUUGCAAGAACAUUUGCUGCUAUGAAAGACUACUCAAUUGAUGGUAACAGAGAAAUGGUGGCACUAGGAACAAUGAAUGUUAUUGGUUCCAUGACAUCUUGUUAUGUUGCUACAGGAUCAUUUUCUCGCUCGGCUGUGAACUAUAUGGCUGGUUGUAAAACUGCUGUAUCAAACAUAGUUAUGUCCUUUGUGUUAUUGUUAACACUGUUAGUGAUUACACCACUAUUCAAGUACACUCCAAAUGCAGUGCUUGCCUCGAUUAUCAUAGCUGCUGUGUUGAACCUGAUUGACAUUAAAGCUGCUAUUCUUCUUUGGAAGAUUGACAAAUUUGAUUUCCUAGCUUGCAUGGGAGCCUUCUUUGGUGUCAUCUUCAAAAGUGUUGAGAUUGGCCUUCUAAUCGCGGUAGCAAUAUCUUUUACCAAAAUCCUUCUACAAGUGACCAGGCCUAAGACCGCAGUACUUGGGAAGCUUCCCGGUACAACGGUUUAUAGGAACGUCCUGCAAUAUCCCAAAGCAGCACAAAUUCCUGGCAUGCUGAUUGUCAGGGUUGAUUCUGCAAUCUACUUUUCAAAUUCCAACUACAUCAAGGACAGAAUAUUGAAGUGGCUGAAUGAUGAAGAGAUUCUAAGAACAUCAAGUGAAUAUCCAAGUAUACAAUAUCUCAUCGUUGAAAUGUCACCUGUUACUGAUAUUGACACUAGUGGCAUCCAUGCUUUUGAAGAUUUACUUAAGAGCCUCAAGAAAAAGGAUGUUCAGCUUCUCGUGGCGAAUCCGGGACCAAUCGUAAUUGAGAAGUUCCAUGCAUCAAAGUUAACAGGCUUAAUCGGAGAAGAUAAAAUAUUUCUAACAGUAGGUGAUGCUGUUUCAACUUUUGUUCCAAAGGCUACAAAUUAAUGAAUAACAGUAACUAUUUCCAAUUGAAGUGUGUUUAAAUCAAAUAUGCAGAAAACGUGUGUGUGUGUGAAGAUGUUAACAGAGCUCUUAGGAACAAUGAAAGGGCAUAUAGAUUUGUUUAUUGUAGUAGUUUUUGUUUGAUUUUCAUUUAUUUCUAGUUGAAAUUGAUGAUGUGAUGUAUGUAUAGAAAGAAAUAAAUGUGUUUUCUAUGUUGAUUACAGUAUCUUA